AAUUGGACUGAAGGUCCCUGUCUGAAAACACUUGGAGUCAUGACAGACUUGUGGUUGAUUUCUGUCCCUCUGGACAAGACCAGUUUGUCCAAUGUAGAGCAACUCAAACGCUUCAUUGCCAAAACCAACCAGGCCUCCUGCUGCAAGUUCCCUAUUCCGGAUCUUAAGGUGGGGGUACUGGACAGCCUCCUCACUAUGUCAGAUGACCUCUCUAUGCUCGACAAACUGACUGAAAGUGUGAUCAAAAAAACAGGUCAGUGUAUGAAGGAGGUGAUGGAGCAUACUGCUGACAAAGUGCUGGAAAAUGCCUUAGCCAAUGGAGCAGACCUGAUGAGCUAUGUGACUAAGUUUCAGUGGGACAAAGCCAAGUAUCCCACAGCUCUGCCACUCUCUAGCCUGGCAGAUAUCAUCAACAAGGACGUUUCCCUGGUGGAGACAGAACUGAAAUUUCAGUCCACAGCGUAUAACAACGUGAAAGCAAGCUUGCAAAGUCUCGAGUACGAACUUGAUGGGAAUUUGCAAACUCGCAGUCUAAAUGGCAUUGUGAGAAGAGAGGACCUGGUGUUCUCUGAGUACCUCACCACUCUGCUGGUCGUAGUGAGCAGAGGGAACUACCUGAAGUGGGAGAGGACCUAUGAAUCUCUGUCAGACUUUGUGGUUCCUCGGUCAAGCAGGAAGCUGCACGAAGAAGGAGAGAGCGCCGUUUUCUCUGUGACCCUCUUCAAAAGAGCUGUGUGGGAAUUCAAAGCCAAAGCCCAGCAGAGCAAGUUCACUGUGCGUGAGUACAGCUUUGAUCUGGAGGAGGCGAAGCAGCGGGAGAGGAAACAACUUAGUGUUCACAAAAAGGAACAAUAUGGAAUCUUUGUGCGUUGGCUGAAGGUUAAUUACAGUGAGAUGUUUCGAGCCUGGAUUCACUUGAAAGCACUGAGGGUGUUUGUGGAAUCAGUCCUCAGGUAUGGAUUACCUGUGAGCUACCAGGCUCUCCUGCUGCAGACUGAGCGUAAGCACUCGCAGAAACUUAAAGAAGAUCUCGCCUCCCUCUUCAUACAUCUGGACCCCACUGCUACUGCCACUGCCGGCAAGACAGACGUGAGCGGUGACAUCCCAGCAGGACUGUGUCAGCAGGAGUACUUCUCCUAUGUGCGCUUCGACAUCAACACCAACGUGCUGGAGAUCAGUUAGCAGUCAGCGACAGAGAGCUUAUACCCACACGACCACCAAGCUAUGAGAACUCUCCGUUGCACACGCUCUCUCUCACCUUUUCUCCAGAACAGUCCCUCAGCUUUGAGAGUGUGAGGGCUCCUGACACUGAAAUAAAACUGUUCUAAGUGAAGAAUAUAUCCUCAAAGGUCUUUUGCAGCGAUUCCUGGAGAGACAGAAGUUAACUGGCGGCCUCAGGCGGCGGUGUAAAUAAUCCUGCCAGGUUACCAGUGGAGCCAUUUCUAUAAAUUGAC